CGCCUGGAACGUCCUCCGGGAGCUAUAAAUUGGGGGCAGAGAGCUGGCGCUCGGGGCUGCACAUGGGUGGAAGGAGUGGGACGGGGACACGGAGCCCACAGUAAGGCGCUGUGGGACACCAGGACUCAGCGAGCUGCACCAGGCUGCUCCGGACCUCGGUUUCCCUAAGGAUGCAGAGAAACAGAGCAGGAUUUGAUUCUGUACUUGUGUGAAGCCAACCAGAGCCGUGGCAGCAAACCGCCGUCUCCAACUGUGAGCCAGGAGCCCCGCAGGACGCGGCGUCCCACUGCCAAACCUUUGGUUCCCUGCCAGCCGUCAUGGUGGGCCUGAAGCCCCCCGAGGUUCCCCCCACGGCCGCCGUGAAGUUCUUCAGCGCCGGGACGGCCGCCUGCAUCGCCGACCUCUGCACCUUCCCCCUGGACACCGCCAAAGUGCGGCUGCAGAUCCAGGGCGAGGUGAGGAUCCCACGCAGCACCAACACGGUGGAGUACCGGGGUGUGCUGGGCACGCUGAGCACCAUGGUGAGGACCGAGGGACCCCGCAGCCUCUACAGCGGGCUGGUGGCCGGGCUGCAGCGGCAGAUGAGCUUCGCCUCCAUCCGCAUCGGGCUCUACGACUCUGUGAAGCAGCUCUACACCCCAAAAGGGGCUGAGAGCACAGGGCUGCUGGUGCGGCUGCUGGCGGGCUGCACCACGGGGGCCGUGGCGGUGACAUGCGCCCAACCCACCGACGUGGUCAAGGUGAGGUUCCAGGCUCUCGGGGCACUGCCAGAGAGCAACCGUCGGUACAGCGGCACGGUGGAUGCCUACAGGACCAUCGCCAGGGAGGAGGGAGUGCGUGGGCUGUGGAGAGGGACGCUGCCCAACAUCGCCCGCAAUGCCAUCAUUAACUGCGGUGAGCUCGUCACCUACGACCUCAUCAAGGACGCGCUGCUGCGGGCGCAGCUGAUGGCAGACAACAUCCCCUGUCACUUCGUGGCUGCUUUUGGGGCCGGAUUCUGCGCCACGGUGGUGGCGUCACCGGUGGACGUGGUGAAGACGCGGUACAUGAACGCCAGCCCUGGGCAGUACCGGAAUGUGCCAAGCUGCCUGCUGGCCCUGCUGCUGCAGGACGGCAUCGCUGGCCUCUACAAGGGGUUCGUCCCCUCCUUCCUGCGCCUCGGCUCCUGGAACGUGGUGAUGUUCAUCUCCUAUGAGCAGCUGCAGCGUGUGGUGAUGCUGGCCCGGUCUGCACCCCCCUGAUCGCCCCCAGCCCCACUCGUCUGCGUUGAUGAGAUGCAGCAGUCAAUUAUAUUAAUUGCUGAAGCAGAGGGGAAGGGAGACAGCAAAGGUCCCCAACCCUGUGGGAUGAGAGGGACCAAAGGGACCAGCAGAAGGAGAAUGGAGAGAAGGGAAGGAUGGAAGAAGGGAAGGGAAGGUCCACAGCGGAGAGGGGAGAGGAAGGAAGAAGGUGUUGAGGUUUUCCAGUUGGGAACAGCGGUGCUUUCCGGCAGCAGUGGGACAGAGAGGUGGGAAGGAGCUGUGUGGGAUGGGGGAUGUGGUGAAUCCGGGUAUUCCUCACUGAUGCUGCAAAUAAAUCACCCCUAUGGGGUUUGUCUCAGCAGGA